AUGGAAGUUUCUUGCAUUGUAGAAAAAGUCAGAGAAGUAGACCAACCAGAAGAUUCCCUUCUAUCCAUUAGGUACUCCAACCAUAUAAACGCAAUAUAUUCAAUAUCACACCAUGACUCGUCUGUGCCAGAGGUGGAAAUAGAGUCAUUAGAAAAUCUGGCAAGUGUUGAAACCGCAUUAGAGAAGAUUCUUUCCUGUGUAAUAAGACCGCACGAAAGAUUUUCGUAUAAAUUUCACAUUCAUAUUUUAUCAAUAUCUGGCAGUAUAUUUAACAUAUACACGGAUUUAGUCGCAGGUCUAACUGUUUUAAUGGUAUCUCUGGGAAUUGAGCUGACAGACACUCUUAUAUCGUAUACGAAAGAAUAUUCUGAAGGCUUUAUCUGGGUGUGCAAGAAAUAUUUUACAAAUGAAGUGGCAUGCAUAAAACUGUCAGAGGCCGCAGUAGCAGAUAGUUUAGAAAGCGCAACUGAGCACAUUCCAGUGGAUGAGUUAGAAGAGCUUAAAUAUUUAUGCGGGUCUGUGGGUGUUUAA